GAUUAAAUUGAAAAGAGGUUGAAAAUGAAAUUAAAAAUAUAUCAUGGCAUAGCAUUAUUAAUAAAUGAAAAGUAUUUGAUGGUAGUAUAUUAUUAGUUUUGUAACCAUGAAGUCGGUCCUAAAAAUUGUCGUUCUGUUAACCAUUCUGUGCUUAAUGAUCUUAGAGCCCAGUAGCCCAGUCGUCUUCAAGCUGACAAAUGUCCUUUGCGGCAGUUAUAAUAUAACCUGGGUUAGAAUCAAUCAUUGCCGAUUGAAGGCGAUCAAUCGCCAUAGGACUGUGUUCAAUUUCAAUGCCACCUUCCUGCAUCCAACUAAGGAUAUUACUUCUCACUACCGAAUGUUUAAAAGGGAGAAUGGCUAUAGGCCUUGGCUCGUUAAUACUCGUAUCGAUGGAUGUCGAUUUCUGCGAAAGCCCUACGAUGCUCUUGGUAUUUUCCUUUUUAAUAUUUACAAGAACUUUACCAAUGUCAAUCACACCUGUCCGCUGCAAGGUGACAUUAUCGUAAGGGACAUGUACUUGACCACGGAUCUUAUGCGACUUCCCCUGCCCACGGGUGAUUAUUUACUGGCCAUCGACUGGCUGUUUUAUGGAAAGCCCCAAUUUGCCACAAAUGUUAGUUUUCAGUUUAUUGAGGACAUACUGUGACUGAUAUAAUUUUCUAAAUAACUCGAAAUUUAAAUG